GCUCAACUCUUUUCCCCUCCCCCACCCCCUCGCCGUUGUUUCCCUUGGGCGUCCAUUGGUGCUCGGGAGUGAAGCUGAGCAUGCGAAGAGAAGCGUCCCUCAGCCUUCUGUUGAUGCAAACCAAUCGCCUCGCCCGUCGCUUCUUCGAAUCUCUUCGCCACGGUUCAGCGUCUCGCUCUUCCGCCUUCACCUCCCCUCGACCCUCUCCAGAGGCAUUCCUUCUCACCAGGGAACAUCUAGAUCAUCCUUUCCGCUUUUGCCAUCUCAGAUGCGACCUGAUAGGUCGCUACGUCUCGUUCCGUCCGGAUACAGUUUCCCUUGGCAGAGCGCUUGGUGUCCUGCCCUGCCAUUUGUUCUACCGGAAUUGCCCUUCGCGGUUUUAUUGCUCAAGGGCGAGGACCAUUGAAAGAUCAAAUGUUCAUGACCACAGCCAACAGGCAGUCACAACUGCAUUAUGGUGCAACUUCUUAGUAUUUUCUUUGAAAUUCGGUGUAUGGUUGGCAACAUCUAGCCAUGUUAUGCUGGCUGAAGUUAUACAUUCUGUUGCAGAUUUUGCAAACCAGGUCCUACUUGCUUAUGGUUUGAAUAGCUCAAGGCGUGCUCCAGAUGCUUUACACCCCUAUGGCUAUUCAAAGGAAAGGUUCGUCUGGUCUCUAAUAUCAGCUGUUGGAAUAUUUUGCCUGGGUUCUGGUGCAACCAUUAUUCAUGGCAUUCAGAACUUGUGGAUUUCACAGCCUCCAGCAAAUGUAUAUUAUGCAGCUUUGGUGAUUGGGGGUUCAUUCUUAAUUGAAGGUGCUUCCCUUGUUGUUGCAAUUAAGGCUGUCAGAAAAGGCGCUGCUGCAGAGGGUUUGAAAAUUUGGGAUUAUAUCUGGAGAGGUCAUGACCCAACCUCUGUGGCUGUUAUGACAGAGGAUAGUGCAGCAGUAACUGGCCUUCUUAUUGCGGCUGCAUCUCUAGUGGCAGUCAACAAGACAGGAAAUGCAAUUUAUGAUCCUAUCGGCUCAAUUGUUGUUGGAAAUUUACUUGGAAUGGUUGCCAUUUUUCUCAUUCACAGAAACCGACAAGUUUUGAUUGGCAGAGCAAUUGAUGAUCAUGAUAUGGCACGCGUCCUCCACUUUCUAUCUUCUGAUCCGGUUGUUGAUGCUAUUUAUGAUUGCAAAAGUGAGGUGAUUGGACCUGGCUUCUUUAGGUUCAAAGCAGAGAUAGAUUUCAAUGGAGAGGUCUUGGUUCAAAAUUAUCUACAAAGGACUGGACGUGAUGAGUGGGCUAGACAGCAGUUUCGAGAAGCUGCAAAGAGGAAAGAUGACACACAUCUUUUCAACCUGAUGUCCAGCUAUGGGGAGGAAGUCGUAACUGCACUAGGUAGCGAGGUUGACAGGUUGGAGAAAGAAAUACAGAAGAUUGUUCCUGGAAUCCGCCAUGUUGAUAUUGAAGCUCACAAUCCUAAGGGUCCUUUGCCAUGAUAAUAAGCUCUCAAAGGUAUUUGAGUAGUAAUUAUGCUCAAGAUGUGGAACAUGCUGCAACGUAUGUCUCCUCCUGGUAACUAUGGAGCCAAUCUAUUGCAAGAAGAAUUAGCAAUUAUACCAAGAAGACUCGGGUGGAGCAAUAUUUGUCUUUUUUGCAGUUAUGCAAUGGUAGUGGAAAGGCACCGUUGGCGUCUUCAUCUAGCUUCUUAAUAAUUUAUGAUGGUGUCCUAGUUCCGCUUGGAACAGGCCAAAGUUGGCACCCGUCAUGGUUCAUAGAAGCAGAAUCUACAAGUACAGCGCUGUUGCAUGGGCAUGGGACUGCAGUAUAUUUUUUGGCAACCAAGGGAGACUCAGAUAAGAUUAGUUUAGAUUAGUUUUGAAACCAAAGUGCUUUGCUCAUAUUUUUGUUGUGAAGGGUUUGAAAAUUUAGGACUAUAUCUGGAGAGGUCAUGACCCAACCUCUGUGGCUGUUAUUGACAGAGGUAAUAAUCUGUUAAAAGAAUUUCAAAAGGAAAAAGGAAAGUAUCUGUUUUUUUCCCUUUUCUUUUUUGAAACUUGUGUUUCCUUAGGUAUGGAAUAGUAACUUACGGAGCUAGAAACCUAGAGACAUGAUUAUUCUUGUUUCUUUAUUGUAUUUGAUUUGUUCAAGGCUCAAAAAUUGUUGGUGCAAUAUUCAAUAACGAGGACAUGCUUGACUA